AUGUCCCAUAGAAAAUGUAAACAGAAGAUGUUUGCUAAAAUUUACAAUUUUAGAGUAUUUAUAAGCAUUCUACUCUGCUUUGUGUGUAUUCUCGGCGACUUCCUGACUAAUCGCGCUAGAAAUGGCAGUGUGACAAAGGCUCUCUUGGACAAUACCACACAUGGAGUUGUGGGUCUUCUCAGUGCUCUUCUGCCUGUUGGGCACUUCCGCGAACGCUUGGGGCCAUGGGAGGGGACGGGAAUGCUUAUUGUGGCUUACAUAGUGGCUUCGGCUAUUGAUGUCGAUCACUUUCUAGAAGCUAAGUCGUUGAAACUUGUGGACGCGUUGAACCUUCCAAGUCGCCCAUUCCUGCACUGCUCAACAAUUCCUCUGCUCAUCUUGAUUCUCAUACUUAUAACCACGCGGUACUUCAAGUCCCUGUCUGCUUGUCUGUGGCUCUGUGUUAUUUUCCUCGCCUUCGCCUCACACCAUGUCAGAGAUUCCAUCCGGAGAGGACUGUGGUUCUGCCCUUUGGGCUCAACUCAGCCAACUCCCUACACUCUCUACCUCCUGACGACGGCUCUUCUGCCUCAAAUUGUGAUCCUCCUGAUCUCCUGGAGCCCGCAGUUCAAAACUCCCGUCCUCGCUCAGCAAUCAGAGGAAUUUACUGUCUAAAGUUUUAUGCAAAAAAAUAUAUAUUUGUACACACUAGAAAAUAUGCUGGACGACAAACAUUAGCACACAUGUUGAUGAGGGACGCGUUGGAGCGUGAGAUUUCGAUUAAAAAUUACACACAGAUGAUUGAGUUGCUGUUUAUAAAUAAAUGAUGGUCAAAUUUGCAAAAUAUUUCACCUCAUGCGCCUAAAAACGUGUUUAAUGUAAAUAU